CGGAUUUCUCGGCGGCACCUUUCGGCCUUUCCAAAGGUUCCAGCGGCGCAACGGCUAGUGACGAUAGCUAUUGGCUUUGGCUGACCUGAUACCCUGUGUGCUACCCCAGUCAUAUGCGGGGAAGCCCCGUGAUACCCCAGGAAGUAUCAGGGAUCGGCUCCUCCGAUUCAGGGAAUUGGCUAGAUCCGUUACACCCAGGAUCCCACAUGACGCAGGUGCAACGAGCCGCCAUGAUAACAGCCCACACCACGUAAAUAUCGCAUUUGUCCCGCCAUCCCAAGACUUCCAAGACCAGCCACACUCCGGCCUUGGCCCUUGGCAUUCACACCAUCACGACCCCUAGAACACGAUGCAGCGACACAGGAAAACGGCCGCGGCGGGAGACGUACCCGAGGCGGAAGCGCAAGCGCAGCGGCUCAGCACGCGCAGCCACAGUGCCGAGGAAGAUGCCGCGGCGCUCGAGCGGCUCGGGCACAAGCAGGAGCUCAAGCGCAACUUCUCCAUGGUGUCGAUGCUCGGGCUCGCCUUUGCCAUCCUCAACACGUGGACCGCCCUGGCCGCAUCCAUCUCGCUCGCGCUGCCCUCCGGUGGCGCCAGCUCCGUCAUCUGGGGCCUGAUUGUCGCGGGGAUAUGCAACCUUUGUCUGGCGGCGUCGCUGGCCGAGUUUCUGUCGGCAUACCCGACGGCGGGGGGCCAGUACCACUGGGCGGCGAUUGUGUCGUGGAAGAGAUGGAGUCGCGGGAUCAGCUACUGCACGGGCUGGAUCAACAUGGCGGGCUGGGUUGCCCUGAGCGCGACGGGUCCGUUGUUGGGCAGCACGUUUGUGGUCAACGUGAUUGCGCUGUUCAACCCGAGCUAUGAGGCCGAGGCGUGGCACCAGUUCCUGAUCUACAUCGGGUUUACGCUGUUCGCGUUGGUCGUCAACGCCUUCCUCACGCGUCUGCUGCCGUACUUCACCAAGGCGGCGUUUAUCUGGUCGCUGCUGGGUUUUGUUGUCAUCAGCAUCACCGUGCUGGCCUGCGCGUCGCCGAACUACCAGAGCGGCAGGUUUGUCUAUGGCAACUUCCUCAAUGAGACGGGAUGGCCCGAUGGCGUGGCAUGGCUUCUGGGCUUGCUGCAGGGGGCGUUUGGCUUGGCAGGCUUCGAUGCGACGGUGCAUAUGAUUGAGGAAAUCCCGAGGGCGCAGGUGCAAGGGCCGCGCAUCAUGCUGUACUGCAUCGGUAUCGGCAUGUUCACGGGCUUCGUCUUCCUCAGCUGCCUUCUCUUCGUCGUGGCCGACAUCGAGGCCGCCAUCGACGCGUCAGCGGGGCCGCUGCUCCAGAUUUUCAUGGAUGCCACCAACAGCCGCGCAGGCAGCACAUGCCUGCUCAUGUUCCCGCUGGUCUGCAUGCUCUUCACCACCACGACGCUCAUGACCACCAGCAGCCGCAUGAGCUAUGCGUUCGCGCGAGACCGCGGCAUGCCCUUCAGCUCCGUCUUUGCCAAGGUCCACCCCUCGCUCGACGUGCCGCUCAAUGCGCUGCUGUGGACGGCCGGCUGGGUCGUUGUGUUUGGCUGUAUCCUGCUCGGGUCGACCAGCACGUUCAACGCCAUCACCUCGGCCUCGGUUGUCGCGUUGGGUGUUACGUACGCCAUCCCGCCGAGUAUCAACGUCUUGAGAGGGCGCGCCUUGUUGCCGUCCACGAGGUUGUUCAAGCUGCCUGGAUGGCUCGGAUGGACCUGCAAUCUGGUUGGCAUCGCCUGGACGAUCCUCACGACUGUGCUCUUCGUGUUCCCGCCAGUUCUGCCGGUUACGCCGGACAACAUGAACUACUGUGUCGUCGCAUUCGGCGUGAUUUUGCUCAUUUCGUGUACGACCUGGGUGGUGGAUGGCCGCAAACAUUACGUGGGACCGAAGGUGGAUGUCUAUGCCAUGUUGGAGGGCAAAGUAACGGGUAUGGACCCCUCACAACCUCAGCUCGGGACUGCUGAAAAGCAGGUUGGAGGGCCGGCGGAGGACUCGGAUGUCAUGCGCAAGUAGAAUAAAGGGCAGGAGGGUUGCAGUCUCGCAGAUCUUCAAAGUGAGAGGUUGUGCGAUAGAAGCAGAAAUAGAGUGGAAACAGACGAGAUAACAAUGUUGGCAGGUAAGAAAAUGAAUGUCAUCUUCACUCUCUGUGUGCUGUGCAAAAGGAAGAUCUGGCGGUUGUUUUGUGGCGCCGACGAUAUCCCUUACCCACGAACCCGAGCACGAUGC